AUGGGGAUGGCCCAUCCACCAACAAGCUCUAAAGUCUGAGCUUCCACCACGAUAUAGUAAUAGUGCGCACUGUACCUCGAACUACAGCAUUCGUGCCAUAUGUUGAAUCGAGUGCUCUAAUUUGCGGAACUGCUGGGAGAAACCCACCGAAAUACCCAAAAUUGUCGGGACAUAACAGCAACAGCAGCCAGCGGCAGCAGCCAGCGACAGCAGCCUCGGCGCACGAUGCGGGAAAUCGUGACUCUGCAGUUGGGCAGCUACGCUAACUUCGUCGGCGCGCACUUCUGGAAUCUGCAGGAUGAGGCGGUGGGGCGGCAGGGCGAGGGGGGAGCGGGGCAGCAGCAGGCGGACCUGGAGGAGGGCGUGGUGAUGCAGUGGCGCGAGGCGCACGGGCUCGGCUCCACCGCAUACUGCACGCCCCGUGUGCUCGCCAUCGACUACAAAGGCUGCCUUGGACCCGUGUCCCUCGCCUCGCCCCUUGACAGCCAUGGGGGCAUCUCGCCUGCACCUUCUGCCAUACCCACAUGGUCUGGCCCCUCCUCCGUCUCGUCCUCCGACCCUCUCCCCCUCAACCCCUUCCUGCGCCGCCUGCACCACGCGCCCCCGCCCGCCACACACACUGCCUCGUCCGCGCAUGUAGCAGAGGGGCGGGAGCAGGGAGGACAGGGGGCGGAGUACAGGCAGGGUGCGGGGGGGGAGGGGAGUGAGGCGGCGGAGGUGGCACGGGGGUUGGAGGGCGGCGUGGGGUACUGGACGGAGUACCUCAAGGCGCAGCUGCGCCCGCGGAGCGUCCUGCAGCUGCCGGGGGGGUGGUGGCAGGGCGCGCUCUCGCCGCUGGACGCGGGGGGCUAUGGCGACUGGCGCGAGGUGGGGGGCGGGCGGGAGGGCGAGGAGGAGGUGGAGGAGCGAGUGCGGUGGCUGGCAGAGGACUGCGACGCCAUGCAGGGCUUCUCCCUGCUGCUCGACCCCGCCUCGCCGUUCGCCUCACUGGCCACGCGCGUGGCGCUGCACCUGGCGGCGGAGUUCCCCAAGGCGCCCAAGCUCCUCUUCUCCCUGCGCCCCCCCGACGCCCUCCUCCCGCCCACCGCCCUUUCUCCUGGCCCCCUCGCCCCCCCCCACACGCCGUCCCUGCUCACGCUCUCGUCCGCCGUCUCCCUGGCCGCCCUGCUGCCCCUCACCUCCCUCGUGCUUCCUCUCGGCCGGCCCUCCCUCGCCGGUCUCCUCCCCCACGUGCGCCCCAGCGACGCCAGUCUCUUCCACUCCUCCGCGCUGCUCGCCACCGCCAUCGACGCCCUCUCCUCGCCCUUCCGCCUCGCCCCCCGCCCCCCCUCCUCCUCCUCCUCCCCCGUUGGCCACGUGUCCAUGAGGGACUUCACCUCGCUGCUCUCGCUCUCCUCGCCCCAUGGCGGCCUCUCAUUCGCCUCCAUGGCCCUGCCAGCUCAGCCACUGCAUGAGGCAGCAGAUCAAGAGGCAGCAAAUAGCAGCCCGCCAUGUGGCAUGGCUGUGCUGACGUCAGACUUGAGCGGCAGCAGCAGAGAGGGGAGGGGAGAGAGGGGAGGAGGCAGCAGAGGGAGCGAGAGAUGGGUGGGGGCGCAGCAGCAGCAGCAGCAGCAGCAGCAGCAGGAGGAGGAGGUGGAGCGAGGCAUUCGGGCGCAGGUGGUGGUGGCACGGGGCGUGGUGGGCAAGCAACCCACAGGCGCCUACCACACGCCCCCCGCGCCACUACCCCCCGCAGCAGCGGCCUCGGCCAUCCAGCGAGCGCUGCUCUCUGUGCGCAUGCGCGUGGCCCCCGUCCCCGCGCCCUGCAUCGCGCACAUCGCCGCCAUGCAGCAGCCCCUUGCCAUUCCCCUGCCCUUCCCCCGCUUCUUCUCCGCUGACGUCAGCAAAUUCGGUCUUGUCCUGCCGCCCUCCCAGCACCGUGCCGGCGUGGUGGGCAGGGCAGCAGCAGCAGAGGUGGGGGGGUGGGGGUGGGGGUGGGGAUGGGGCCGGACGUGGAGUGGGCGCCAGUGGUGGCGCGUGCGGCAGCGGGGCGGGCCAUGGUGCGGCACGGGCAGGUGCGCGCCGCAGCGCUGGAGUGGGUGCAGGGGGGGCGAGGGGGGGCGGGCAGGCUGAUGGUGGGGGCGUGGGGGGUGGAGGGGGAGGAGGUGUGGGAGAUGCAGGAGAGAGUGCUGGAGGUGUGCGAGCGCCUGGGGGGGGACGAGGGCAGCGGGGACGACUGAAGGGUGGGUGGGCGCGGCAAGGGACUGGAUGCAUGCAGCACGGCAUGGGGGUGCAUGCACUUGGACAGGCUGGGUACCCACCCGCCACACAUGGUUUAGCAUAGCGUGCCACCCGCCACACAUGGUUUAGCAUAGCGUGCCAGUAUGUUUGCCGCCCAGACUCCAGAAUGUUGACU